AUGGCUUUCUCUUCCGUCUACGAACCUCAGGCCGUGCUCGCCGCCAACACCAAGGGCAUCGAAGACACCGAUCUCUUUCACACCCACCAGCUGGAGAGCAUUGAUGGCUGCACCAUCAUCAAAGUCCCCCGUCGCCUCGACCUCCAGAAGAACACCAAGUUCACCGACAACCAAAUCCUCAAGAUGUACCGCUUCCUCGAAGACAACCACGCCAGCCUCUCAGAGCUGUGGAAGACACUCGGCCACACAAACGGCGAUCACGAAGAAUCCAUGAACCUCUUCGUCGCCAAAGCCUACAACGCCACCAUUGAGCACCAGCAGCGAGAAAUCAUGAGCCUGCGCCGCAACCAGCAAAAGCCCUUCACCUUCGCCGACGCCGAGUGCUGGUGCGCCCGCAAGUUCGACGAGACCUGGGACCCGGACAUGUUCUGCGACCUGGUCGGCCCCGUUCCCGCGCAUGCGUUGGGUUGUGCCGUUCCGGAGGGAGGCAACAACAAUGACGGCACCGUUGACGAAGCCGGUUACCGAGCUUUGCUAGCCCAAGCCCGCCAGGACCUGAACGCCGGUUGCGAUCUCAACUCCCCGUGGCUGCCAGGCCAGACAGCGAUUGGCGUCCCCGAGAUUGCCGCCGGUAGGGUGCACGACAUUCUCCGCAGUGUUGCCUCAACUGUGGACCCCUCAAACCUCAACGGAAACGGAUCGCCGUCGUACGAGGCCAAGUUCCUCGCCUUGGACACCAUGUACAAGAUCUUUCACUGUCUGCUUACCGAGACGGAAACACCCGUUAAGCGACAUAUCAAGGCCGACAGGAAGCUGUGGAGGAAUUUGGAGAACAGCUUCCUGCAGGUGUUUGGGAGCUGCAGCAGGGACGAUCUCUACCGCCUUGCGACGGAGGACGGUGGUGUGUGGAGAGACAAGUUCUUUGAGUUGAAGGAGCUGGUUCAGGAACAGGAGCCCCUUUCGAAGCUGCUUCAUGCAGGUGUUGUGCUUCACACGGCGGAUGACUUCCGGGACAAGUCGGAGGAUGAUGUGGCUUUUGUCAUUGAUGGGCAUGGUGCUGCUGAUGGGGAGUUGGCAUAUUGGUAG